AUGUGCCUGGACAUCCUGAGGGACCCUAUGACCCUGGCCUGCGGGCACAACUGCUGUGCGUCCUGCCUGCAGCAGCUCUGGGAGGGCCUGCUGGACGUGUUCCCCUGCCCAGUCUGCCAGCACCACUGUGCCCCUGGGAGGCAGCGGGUCAACAUUCAGCUGAGGCACCCACAGCAGGUGCUCAGCCUCUUCCGUGAGCAGAACGUGGAGCUUGUGUGCGCCCAAUGCGGGUUGUCCUGUGAGCACAGCAGCCACGACCUGACCCCUGUCCCCAAGGCGGCAGCUCAGCACAGGCAGAGGCUCAAGGCCUACCUGCAGCCCCUCAAGAGGCAGCUUGCUGAUGCUCAGCAGGGGUUAGAGCUGCAGGGCAGAGAGACAGAGGUCCUGAUCCUACAGGUGCAGGCUCUGAAGGCAGAGAUGGACUGUGACUUGCAGGAGAAUCAGUGCAUCCUGGAGAAUCAUCUGGAGGUCACAGAAGCCCAGAUCUUCAGGGCCAUGGAGGCUCUUUCACCAAACCCAGGAGAGCAGAGACCAGCUGUUGAUGUGAAGACUUCAAGGGCCCCCGAAGCCAGCUCCUUCCAGUCCCAGGAGGCCGGCCCUAGUCUCCCCCACCACUACGUGGGCACCUACUCCAUGAUCACCAGGUUCCAGACCCCCGUGAGCCUGGACCCCGAGACGGCUCACUGCAGUCUGUUAGUGGGUGGCUGCAGCAAGAUGGUCUUGUUCCCACGGGACACAGAGGACACUGACUGUGAGGCCAAGGCCACAGGCUUUACUUCCCACAUGGCCAUCCUGGGCUCCCAGACCUUUGAGUCCGGCCGGCAUUUCUGGGUAGUGAAAAUCUCGGGCAAGGGCACCUGGGCCAUGGGAGUGUGCAAGGCCUCCUUCCCCAGACAUGCCCUACAGCCCCCGUCCCCAAGUCUGGGCUGCUGGCACCUGGAGCAGCACGUCAACUUGGGACCAGACUCUGCUCACUGCUUCGCUGACCACGACUGGGACAGUGACAGCCUGCGCAUCGGGGUCUUCCUGGACUAUGAGCUCUGCGAGCUCUCCCUCUACCACAUGCAGCACAGAGCCCUCAUCGCCACCGUCCACGACACCUUCUCCGACAGCCUGCUGCCCUACUUCUCUGCUAGGCCUGAGUCCCCGACCCUCUCCAUGAAGAUUAUCACCCAGAAAGCCUGA